AUGGUUUACGACUUUACUCUCCCAACCACCUCGCCUCUCUCCUUCCAGUCCUUUAUAUCAUCUCCCACGCAUCCUUCACUUCCCCAACUGGCAUCCACAGCUCGAUAUGGCCUCUACCACGCUCUACAGUCCCAUAAACGACUUCCCCGCGGUCCUCGACAAGACGCCCACCUCCAAAUCGUUCUCUCCGAACUAAACAAAUAUAUCCCAUUUCUGUUCGCCAUAUCUAAUGGGCUCAUUGGUCGGCCUGUUAGAAGCACUAUUCCCAAUGGAGGCCACGAAAGCUCUACACAGAACCCCCGAUCCGGCGAAGAGAUCGAGAUCACCAUUCACGCGGAAAUCGAAUCAGCCUGGAAACCAACCCUUUCAUCCAGAAACACACACACAUUGAACCUCGGGUCAAUUUCAGCAUCGGGGAAUGCUACAAAUAGCAAGGGUCUCCGAAAGCGCGGCAAACGAGUCUCCGGUCGAGGAAUCGACUUCGAGAUCGGGUUCACCCUCACUACACUGGGCUACGUAUUAAGCCAACUUGCACGAGUGGGGAUCAAUGAGUCACUCUAUGCGACACAGACGCAAAGUACAGAGCAGCGAGUAGCAGCCAUUCAGACUGCGACGCGAUACCUGCUAGAAGCUAGCUCGGUACACGCGCUCCUCACCUCCUCGCCAAGCUUUACAGGUUCUACAACAGCAGGGUCCAGUGCUCCAGAUAUCGACCCUACAACCCAGUCUGCACUCGCCUCCCUUGCGUUAGCUGAAGCGACGCUACUCGCUGUACUCAAGGACGACGCAUACGUAGCAGUGUGCAUACAAGAGCGGAAUCCAAAUGAUAAGGAGUGGAUGGUGAAAGCUCCCGAGAUACCCAAGGUGCGCGCGCUGCUCUUUGCGCGUCUUUGUGUACGCGCAGCGGAGUAUGCGGAGCAAGCUUCAGCAGGGCUGGGGAGUGUUGGAUCGGGAAAGAAUGGUCGUCUCGAUGAUGAGGUUACGCGAUAUGCCGAGGUUUUGAGUCGUGUAGCGCGGGCGCGAGCGUGUCGAUUCUUUGGAAUUGAUGCGGAGCUUGCUGCCAAGGCUGGAGAAGGCAUCGCGUGGUUAAGGGCUGCGCGGACGGCGCUCGGUUUGCGAAGCACUGGUGCGGCUCCUGCUCCUGGUGAGAAGAGUGAAGCGUCCUCCAAGGGCGGAUUCUCCCGCUUAAAGCGCGAGUGGGCAGAAAGGCGGGAAGAAAAGAAGAUUGGGAAGAGUGCUGGUGGUGCGGGACGACGCGAUAAAGGUCCCUUGGAGCCGGGAGAUGAUGCAGGGCGCGACGAGGAGGGAAGAGUGAUUACGAUGCUGGAGACCAAAUGGGUGCGAACGAAUGACACGAUGAAUACCCAGCCAAUUCCCCCCUCGGGGCCUUUGCUGUCUAAUUUCCCAUCUGGUCGGGAUAUCCACUCAGUACCACCUCCAUAUAAUCCUGCGUCUCUAGAUGGGGAUCAGUUGAUGCGCAUGCGAGCGCCACCAGAAGAGACUGGAGACGCAGCAUUCUUUGGGAAUGACCCUGAUAGUGAUGAUGAGGAUACCCCAGCUGAUGCCCGUGGACUGCCUGGUGGAUUCCCAGACCGUAGCGAGACUGCCUCGACGGCAUACUAUUGA